CAGAAUAAAAGCGACCACUCUAAAUAUUCCGGUAUAAGUUCCGCAUUGAAAUCAACUUGGUCAAAUUAAGUUUUAACAUCAAAAGAAUUUAUACAAAAUGGCUUGUCUAAAUCAGUAUUAUACUAAACAUAUGAUAAUUUAUUUAUUGGUUGCUUGUUUAUUCCAAGUCGUCGCCGGACGUGCGACACCCGAUCAGCAGACGAUUUCGGUGGACGUCCCUGAUACGUCCUAUAUGGAAAACAUCUUCGGGAGUCUGACUAACAGGGCAAGAUCGAUGGCAAGCCGCGUGGCAAACCGCGUGGUCUCAGCGUACUCGGACUCAGCGGACGUGGCUGCGGAAUCCGGCAAGAACAUGAUGGCGUUCUUACACAAAAUGAACGAAUCGGCCGUGAACUUUGGCACCAGCACCGCCAACAGAAUGGGGCAGAUGGUGAAGAACGGCAGUCGGAGUUGGUCAGGUCUUUUGAGCAGUAUUUUAAGCAGUGAAUAGCAACGCCAGCACGAAUGAUAUCCGUGUAUUAUUAUAAUAUUAUAUAUGAUUACACAUCAUAACAAUAUAGUUUUAAAAAAAAAAAAUUGUGUUAAUAACGACGAACACUAGUCUAUAAGUUUUGUAUCACUAAAAACCUGUACCAUUGUAGAGCUGCUGAUUCAAUAUUGUCUAGAACACGGACUUAAUAUUAUAUUUUAUUAUAAUUAUAAUAUAACAAUAAUAAUAUACUCGCACCGAU